AUGCUCAAAAACCUGACAGCCCCCAAGAGGGUGCAACCUCCACGGAUAGACACCGAUGAGGUCAUUCCUAUGUUCUACUUUGACGAGUAUUGGCGAUGGAUCAUCAUGAGCAAGACGAUAAGGUUCAACGACGUGCUAGAUGUCGACAAGCUACACUCUACCCUAUCCCACCUCUGCACGAUGGGAGAGUGGAGAAAGCUUGGAGGUCGCCUCCGCAAGAACAGCGCCGGGCAUUACGAAAUCCACGUACCAAGAGAGUUCACAUCCAAGAGACCGGCUGUUGGUUUCUCAAAAGUGUCCUUCGAUACAUCUAUCGAGGAUCACCCAGUUGCCUCUAAAAUGCCCAAUCACCCCACCCUGGCCGACAAGCCCUCAAUUCAGUGUGGGCCCGAGGAACUUAAAGGGCUCAACCAAUACGAUGGUUCCCCGAGGAGUAUCGACGAUUUCUUGUAUUCGGACAGACCUCAACUGCAUCUUCAUACUGUGUCUUUCGGCGACGCUACUCUGGUGACUUACACCUGGUCCCACAGCCUUAUGGAUGCUUGCGGAAUGCAAGCGCUUUACGAAGCCUGGUCUCUGGUCCUAGGUGGAAAAGAAAGCCAAGUUAAACCUCUCGCAGGCUACAAGGACGCUAUGGCCGACUUUGGUCUCGUCCAGCCGCCCAAGCCAUGGCUUUUUGAAUCCAUCGUCAUGGGAAUGUUUAGCAUGAUCUUCUUCGGACUCCGCUGGAUCAUCUCGAACCUCGGAAAAGCGAAACCUGAGACCAAAGCCAUCUUCAUUCCCGCAAGAAUGGUUCAGAAGCUGCGAACCGAAGGAUUGAACCAAGUACCGGACGUGGAUGAAAAGGGCAACAAGAUGUUCCUCAGUGAAGGAGAUAUACUUCUUGCCUGGAUAACGCGGACUGUCUGUCUGGACGAGCCGUUGGGUGCGCACAGAGAUGUUAUCAUCGGGAAUGCACUGGACUUACGCACCCGUCUCCCGAACGUGUUCUCACCAGAGAAAUCAUAUGUCCAGAACGCCAUAUUCAUGAUUUAUACCGUCGAAAAACUCAAGAAAGUUGUUCAAGGCACCGUAGGAUCCCUGGCCCUGCACAUCCGCAAGCUCAUCGUCGAGCAAGUUAAGGAGGACCAACUCGAGGCUGAGGCACGUCUCACGAGAGUAGCCAAGGAGAAGUUCAAUACCAUUAUACUGGUAGGCUCCGCGAAUAGUGUGCUUGUCAUGUGCUCCAACUGGACCAAGGCCAAAUUCUUUGAAGCAUUAGAUUUCGGUCCGGCUGUUCUGAAACAGGGUCAGCCGGACGAAACAAGGGUCAAUGGGUUGGGGAAGCCUGCGUACUUCUAUUGGAAUAUGCUGAAUGAUCAGCCGUUGGGCAUGAAGAAUGUGAUUAAUAUCAUGGGAAAGGAUGCUGAGGGAAAUUACUGGGUGUUAGCGGUGCUGGGCCAGAAGCAGUGGCAGAAUAUGGAGGUGGAGCUGGCGAGACGAUAA